AUGAAGUCAGAUUUACAGAGGAAUGGUUUGAAGGCCUGGGCGCGGAUGUGUCGGUACAUUUGGAAGACAGAAUGCUUCUGGGAGGAAGCUGGGGGGGAGGGGAAUCCGAAGUGGAAUUAUGAAAGUAUAUGUCUAAGGAAUUACAACAGCAAGUUCGUAGAGAAUGCGACUAGGAGGAAAGAAGACGUAGCAGUUGAAAAGGAACAGUUGCUUGUCCAUGAGGAGGUGCUCGUCGAGAAAGAGGUACUACUCAAAAACGGGGGAGGCGUGGAGGACGAGGUAGACGUGGAGGCUGAGGGAGACGUGGAGGACGAGGUAGACGUGGAGGCUGAGGGAAACGUGGAGGACGAGGUAGAGGUGGAGGCUGAGGGAAACGUGGAGGACGAGGUAGACGUGGAGGCUGAGGGAAACGUGGAGGACAAGGUACACGUGGUAUACGAGGUGGACGUGCACGGUACCGUGCUGCAGUUAGGACAUCUUCAUCAGCAGAGUCUGUGGGAUGGGCAUCCGCCGAGCUGA